UGUUGUUAUCCUAGCUAGGGACGUAAGUGCCUCUCUAUUACGAGGUCUGUGGUAAAAUGAGUUGAGUCUUUGUUUCCAUGGGAGCCAAAGAGUCGAUGGAACUUGGGAACAUUGAAAGUGGCCGUGCUGUGCAAAGGAGAAGGAGAGAGGUUGCCUGUAUAAUAUCUAAAUCAGGGUCAAGAGCAAUUCAAGUCACCGCUAGCUUUCAGCUGGGAUUGUAUUCACUGGACAGAUUUCUUCCUGCAAAGUUCUACCUGCAACCUGCAUGACUGCACAAAGAUAGAAUAACCAAUACACUGAAACUACCAGCCUCAGUUAGUGCAUUUACACUUACAGACCACAUAGUCCACUUUAACGGCCUAUGGGUCCUUUUAGCUUGAUCUUCUCUGUAUCCCUGUCUUGCUAGGUGUAAGAUCUGGUCUGUUAGAGUCUUUGGCCUCCAUGAGGCCUGCACACAUCCUGGCACUGAAAACAUAUGGACAUGUAUUUGUAGAGUCCAACAAGGUUCCUAUGAAGGAGACAACGCAGACAGAUCCUGAGAAAGGCCCACAAAGGAAAUCAGUCUCACCCUCCCGUCUUUGAUUUUAAAUGCAUUGAGAUGGCCACACUUUUUCAGUGUGUUUAGGUUCCCCUUGGUAGUUCUGAAAGAACACAAUGGAUUGGACCAGGUUCUGGGUGUAGAUGCAUGUAGGUGCAUGCUUCCAGAUAAUCUGAACUGGACCUGAAUGUCUGGGAGUAGUUAUUUGUUGCUGGUCUUCACAUAAGAUAAAACUGGCUACGUGUGGACCUGUUGAGGAAUAGAACAAACAGAGGACGGAGCCGAAGCGACAGCCCAGCAAGUGCGCCCCCUUGUGUCUGGAGGUCAGAAUGGCACGGGGGUCAGGCUAAAGGUGGCCCUGACAGUCCCCCCGACUCCUCGGGGCUGUGCUGAAGGACGGUUGGGACCGAUAGAGGCUCAGACAGGCUCACAGACCAGUCCGGCUCAGAGAUGCUGCAGACCAGCAACUACUCGCUGGUCCUGCUCAUUCAGCUGGCGCUGCUGACCUACGACCUCUUCGUGAACUCCUUCAGCGAGCUGCUGCGAGCCGCGCCCGUCAUACAGCUCGUGCUCUUCAUUAUCCAGGACAUUGCCAUCCUGUUCAACGUGAUCAUCGUGCUUCUGAUGCUGUUCAACACCUACGUGUUCCAGGUGGGGCUGGUGUCCCUGCUGAUGGAGCGAUUCCGGGCCCUUAUCGUGCUCUCAAACCUCUACCUGGCGCUCAGUAUCGCCCUUCACUGCUGGAUCCUGAACCUGCGUUGGCUGAGGUCAAAUAGUUUUGUGUGGACUGAUGGAUUAGGAACAUUGUUUGUGUUCCAGAGACUUGCGGCUGUGCUGUAUUACUACUUUUAUAAGCGAGCGACGGAGUACCUGGGGGACCCCCGCUUGUACGAGGACUCGCCCUGGCUGCGCGACGCCUUCGCCCGCGCUCGCCAGUGACCACUGUGAGACUCAUGAGCAGAGCCAAGAUGGAGCCCCACAUACACACAUCUACAGGAAGAGAAACCACCAUGGAGCCCCACGUACACACAUCUACAGGAAGAGAAACAACCAUGGAGCCCCACAUACACACAUCUACAGGAAGAGAAACCAGCAUGGAGCCCCACAUACACACAUCUACAGGAAGAGAAACCACCAUGGAGCCUCACAUACACACAUCUACAGGAAGAGAAACCACCAUUAAGCCUCACGUACACACAUCUACAGGAAGAGAAACCACCAUUAAGCCUCACAUACACACAUCUACAGGAAGAGAAACCACAAUGGAGCCCCACAUACACACAUCUACAGGAAGAGAAACCACCAUGGAGCCCCACAUACACACAUCUACAGGAAGAGAAACCACCAUUAAGCCCCACAUACACACAUCUACAGGAAGAGAAACCACCAUGGAGCCCCACAUACACACAUCUACAGGAAGAGAAACCACCAUUAAG